AGCGGUGGCGCUACGAUCGUACCAGGCAGAACUAACGCCGCACGUGGGGCGCGUUGUGCGAGGUCUCAAACUUUUGAAAUGGACGUAAAAGCUAUUUAUACGAGCUGCGCCUGCAAUCGAAACCCCCAAGCUCUUGAUUGGGGUUAUAACAACAUCAUCUGCUACGCGGCGUGCAAUGCUGUCGUGUUGUACGACCCCCAGGCCAACGGUGGAACUGGUGCCGUUACUUCGACGCACGUGAAUCACAAACAGAAGAUCAACUGCGUUCGGUGGAUCCGCAAAAGGAACAACGAUCCAGAGACUGCCUUUUUGAGUUCGUCAGACGACAAGACCGUGACACUAUGGUGCAAAAAGAACAGUGAGUUCGCUCCUGUUGCUGUGCUGGGAGGACACACAGGCACAGUUGCGACGACCGAUGCAUUUCACCUCUCUGUUACGGACGAAAGCUCAUUCCUCGUCGCCAGUGGCAGCUCAGAUGCUACAAUACGGCUAUGGGACAUCUGCAUUGGUUCAGAUCCAACAUGCUCUCAAGUAAUCGAGCUGAAACGCAACUCUGCACUGGACGUGAGGUUAACCCUCCUCCCUGGAACAAACAUUCCGAUGAUGGCCUGGGGAGGAACGGACGCAUUGGUCCACUGUUAUUACAGGAACUCUGAGGGGCUCUUUGUGGAGUGUCACACCCUUCAUGGCCACGACGACUGGGUCAGGGGCCUCGAUUUCAAGACUUGCGACGACGGCAGCAUGUAUCUUGCCAGCUGCAGCCAAGACAACCUUCUUCGGGUGUGGAGAAUAUCUCAGAGAAAGUCGCAAGAGGAGGAUGAAGACGACGAGGUUGAUGAGUCUUCAGAUGAGGAUGUUGAAGGGCUUUCAGAUGAGGAUGUUGAAGAAGGAGGUGUCUUGCCUGACGACGAAGUAAGGGUUCAGGAAACUUCAUUUACCUUGGAAGACAUUGUGGUGUACUCGCACCAAACCCGAUAUAUACAAGUACUUUGCUGCGGCCCCAGGCUGACCUUCUAUGUCACUCUCGAGACAAUACUUUCUGGCCAUGAAGACUGGGCUUUCAGUGCACGCUGGCAUCCCAAGCCUUCCAAAGAUGAAUGGGGAAAGGGUUGCCAUAACCUACUUUCUGCAUCCAUGGAUGCAACCCUGAUUGUUUGGGAGCCUGAUCAAGCUUCUGGACUCUGGAUUGAGAAGGUUCGACUGGGAGGAGUUGGAGGGAACGCUAUGGGUUUUUACGGGGCUGCGUACAGCCCAGAUGGGACCAGCAUCCUCGCACACGGUUUUCAAGGAGCUUUGCACCUUUGGAGGCUCUGCGAAAAGGACGGUUCCAGCUCGGCGUGGGAGCCUGCCGUGACACCUGGCGGUCAUUUCGACAGUGUCGUAGACCUCUCCUGGGACCCACGUGGGGAGUACCUCCUGAGCUGCAGCAAGGACAAGACAACACGCCUGCAUGCACCUUGGGUCGCACCUGCGGGAAUGUCGUGGAAAGAAAUAGCGCGACCCCAAGUUCAUGGCUACGACAUGAGCUGCAUCAGCUCGAUCGGCCAGCUCAGAUUCGUCUCUGGAGCCGACGAAAAAGUGCUGCGGGCCUUUGAGGGAACCCGCAACUUCGUCGACAACUUCAAGAGAAUCAGCCACGUGGACAUUUUGCAUCAUUCGGAUGUCAAGGAGCUUGCAGAGGGGGCCAGUGUUCCUUCUUUGGGACUCUCGAACAAGGCGGUCUACGAAACAGAUCUCCACGACGGUGCCGGAGACGAACAGAAGCACCCAAAAGACCAGUACCCAGAGUUCUACUUCACUCCUGUCGCACUCACCGAACCACCGGCAGAAGAGGACCUGAUACAGAACACGCUGUGGUCAGAAGUCAGGAAGCUGUACGGCCACGGCUACGAGUUGUUUGCCGUCGCCGGCAGCCACAACGGAAAACUUGUGGCUUCGGCUUGUAAGGCAAGCACUCAGCAGCAUGCAGCCAUCAUUCUCUGGGACACUGAGACAUGGAAGGAGCUUGGGAGGCUGGCAUUCCACAACCUCACCAUCACCCAGAUGGCAUUUUCGCCGGACGACCGGUACCUCCUCAGCGUCUCCAGAGACAGGUCCUGGUGCAUGCACGAGAUUGACCCCACAGGCCCCACUUUCAGGAAGGUGGCUCAUGCAGACAAGAACACUGCCAUCCACCAGAGGAUCAUUUGGAGCUGCAGUUGGUCCCACGACUGUAACUACUUCGCCACGGCAUCCAGAGACAAAAAAGUGGUCGUGUGGGGAAAAAGGCCCGAAAGCCACACUUUGGACGACUGUCUGGGACCUUUCGAAAGCAAGGCGCAGCUCAACGUAGAAGACUCCGCCACCGCAGUUGCAUUUGCACCCGGUCUCCCGGCGGACAAAAGGUACCUCAUGGCAGUGGGACUGGAAAAUGGAACGGUUCUUCUUUACCGGUGGAGCGAAGGUCACGACUGGACGCUGUCGUCCAGGCUGACUUCGGCCCUGGCUCACCACCUGACCGUGAGGAGGCUGGAGUUCUCCCCGAGGACAAACGGAGAGUCUACGUUCCAGAUGGCGAGCUGUGGCGACGACCACUUUGUGCGCGUCUACGAGAUCAGUACGACGAGCUGAAAUUGCGGGCACGUUUCAGUAGUUUACUGGAACCAUAUUUUGGCUCCUUCCAAAACGGGCCACUUCCAAUUUUUUUUUUUGUACAGUUUGUAAACAUAAAAUUGUAACGCCACUAGUCCUCGAGUAUUACUUUGCCUACAAACCUAUCUUGUACCAACCUGCAUCCUAACCUCUUGUUUAACUUCGAGAAAAGUUGUUGUUGAAUGCCCUUGCUAAAAAGAAAGAAAAAAAAAAAGCAGCAACCACUUGGACACAGUAAAAAAAAUUAUAUUAUACUUUGCCGACGGAUUACAGGGGACAGAUUAUUCACGCACCGUCGAGUACAUGUGUAUGUACACAAGAAAAAAAAAUGUCAAUGCUUCAGACAAUAGAACAGCAUUUGUUUCGUUCCAGAAGCAGUGCAUUCUUUAUGUACAGGCAAAACAGAAAGAUAACCACAAGGUACAAAUGACGAGUGAAAAAUUGCAACAACUUGAUAUUUUCUGUACUACGAGGUACUAAAGGCACGGAAGAGGGGCUCCCUCUAUGCGGUUGGGCAUGCCAUUUCAUAAUGGGGGACGCAAAGCUUGUUCUUUGAAGAGACUCGAAUCGGGUAGUGUACAAGACUUUUGUAUGGAUGGUGCAGUAACCAGGUCCAAGGUUUUAUAACUGCUAAAUAUGUCAAAACCUGCUUGUACAUCCUGCUUCCACUAACAAAAAGUACUCCAAUGCAGUGUCUGGAUGAAAUUGCCUGCUUGCAAUGCAGUGCAACAAGGGAAUUGUUCGGUACUCUCCCUUGCCAAGUUGUAGACCGCUAUAGUUGGAAAGGUAUUGUUUUUUCACUGUUCUUGUGCUGAAGCGAGGCAUGCAAACACACUGUUUUUACAUCACAAAUUUAAAGUAAGUUAAUCAAGUUCCUUUUUUUUUUAACACAAAGUUGUAAUGCCUUUUAGUGCACCCAACUGGCUGCGAAAACUUAGGCUAGCACGAGAUUACACUUGGUUGCGGCCAUGACAAAUCUGGCCUAAUGCUGCGCAUGGUACUUGUGCGGUUGAACUGAAGUGCUUCAAAAAUUUGUUUACUGGUCUUUGUUCAGGCUGCAUAUUCUGUCCUGUACAAUAAUGCGCCCCUCGAAAAAGCAACACUUGUACUACCCGCAGUUCUGGCAGAUGGAGAAAGGGUUGAUAUAAACUGCACAUACACGCAACAAUGUGGACGCAAAACAUGUGCGGAGUGUAGAAGUGCAUCUGCGUGUGGAUGGCAUUCGACAUGCACAACAAAAAGAAAACAAAACAAAGGGUGGUUGGUUGCCACAGGACAGAACGCAGCAGACGUUUCAACAACACAUUUACAAGAUGUUGCAGAGUAUAAAUGAGCAUUAUGAGGAGAUGUUUAUAUGUGGUGUGAGUCUCAUACAGUACUAAACAACUCAAUAUUCAUGCAAAAUAGUUAAAAGAAACAGUGUAAAAAAAAAAAAAAAGUGUGGGCAACUGCAUAUCCUUUGCUGGCAGUUCCUGCAACAUUGCUCAGACUACAACUUUUCCGAAGCAAGACACACUUCAUCUAAAGUAACAGUUUUCAUGGCUAACCAUUGAUUAA